AUGUCUGCUCCCAACGGCUUGAUCUGUUUCACCAAUUGUCUGCUGCCCCACGAAGAUGGCAGCUUGGAAGAGAAAGAUUUGUGGAUUGACGAGCGCCGCGGUGUGAUUCUCGAUGCACAGCGUACGUUCUUCCUCCGCAAGGAAAGACCGGACAGAAUAAUUGACCUUGGCGGAAACAUCCUGAGUCCUGGUUUCAUGGACAUUCAGAUCAAUGGAGCUUAUGGAUUCGAUUUCUCAGUCUACGAAGGAGAUGACGACGCCUACCGUCAAGGGAUGAGGACGGUUGCCGAGAAAAUUGUCGAGACUGGUGUCACUUCUUUGGUUCCCACAAUUAUCACGCAAGAGAAGUCACUUUAUCCCAAGAUCCUGCAGCUUCUACGUCCGUUUACCGCUUCGAAAUGCGCGACCCUCCUUGGAUGGCAUGCAGAAGGGCCCUUCAUCCAGCUCGCGAAGCGCGGUGCCCAUGCCCCCCAAUUCCUGAUGGCUGCGUCGGAGGAACUGAAGUCAUUCGAGGACGUCUAUGGCGCAGAUAACCUCGCCGACAAGGAAGACUGGCUCAUGACCGGAGAAGGCUCUUCCGAUAGCAUCGGCGUGCGCAUUAUUACGGCCGCUCCAGAAAUCGCGGGCGUCAUUCCUGCCAUGGAAGAAGUGGUGAAGCGGGGCGUGAUUUUCUCCAUCGGACACAGUACUGCAACUACUGACGUCGCGACGGAAGCCGUGCGGUCAGGUGCACGCCUCAUUACACACCUUUUCAACGCCAUGCCGCAGCUGCACCAUCGUGACCCCUCAAUCAUCGGGCUUCUGGCAGCGUCUCCGCACAUUUCGUACCCGGGUUCCGCUGUGGAGAGGGCGAGGAAUUCGCCCCUCCAGCGUACUGAGUCGUUGUUGAAGCAGGUCGCCCUCUCCAACGCGCUUCACGAGGGCCCCAAGGCCGCCUCAGAAGCGUUCGACGACACCGAGACACCCCCGGAGACACCUGUCGUCCAUAAUCACACCGAGACGGAUUUGCACCUUGUGAAGGGGAAAGUCACCGACCUUGCGUUCGAGAGGCCGUUCUAUGAGCUGAUCGUCGAUGGUAUCCACUCUCAUCCUAAUUCUGUUCGGCUCGCACAUUCCACCUUCCCCGAAGGCUGCAUCUUAAUCACGGAUGCCAUGAAGAUUCUCGACCCGCAUCUGAAAGAUGGCGUCCACGAAUGGCGCGAUGGAAAGCGCUUCGUGAAGGAGGGUGACAAGCUGUACUUGGAAGGGACAGACACGCUUGCAGGCAGUGUGGUCACGCUUGACAAGUGCGUCCGGAACUUCUCGCGGUUCACGGGCAGUUCGCUGGGCGAAGCUAUCAAAUGUGUCACAUACAACCCCGCGAAAUGUCUGGGUCUCGAGAACAAGAAGGGCACGCUGCGCCCCGGUGCGGACGCCGACCUCGUCGUGUUGGAUCGCAAGGGCAACGUGUUGAGCACAUGGGUCAAGGCCGCAGACAUGGCGACAGACUCUCCUUCGCCGUUCACCGACCCCCCAAAUUACCAGUUCCCCACUCAUCGUCUGCACCGCGUCUUGCGCAACCCAGACAAGCAGCCAAUCGUCCUGGUCGCGUGCGGCUCCUUCAGCCCCGUAACCUACCUCCACCUGCGCAUGUUCGAGAUGGCCAUGGACUACAUCCGACAAAACACUGAUUACGAGAUCGUGGGUGGCUACCUCAGUCCCGUCAGCGACAUGUACAAAAAGCCGGGCCUCCUUAGUGCAUAUCACCGAGUAAAUAUGUGCACGCUUGCAGCCGAGCAGACCUCCUCCUGGCUCAUGGUCGACCCAUGGGAGGCCUUUCAGUCCUACCAGCGCACCGCGGUCGUGCUCGACCACUUUGACUACGAGAUAAACACCAAGCAGGGCGGGGUCACGACCGCAGACGGCGUGCACAAGCCCGUGAGCGUGAUGCUCCUCGCGGGCUCGGACCUCAUCGCGACGAUGAGCGAGCCGGGCGUGUGGUCGGACGCGGAUCUCGACCACAUCCUCGGCCGGUACGGCGUGUUCAUCAUCGAGCGCGCGGGCUCGGACAUGGACCAGGCGAUCGACAGCCUCUCGCGCUGGCGGCACAACAUCCACCUCAUCCAUCAGCUCAUCCAGAACGACGUCUCCUCGACUAAAGUUCGCCUCUUCCUGCGGCGCGGCCUUUCCGUGCGCUACCUGCUGCCAAUACCCGUCGUAGACUACAUCGAGCAGCACGGGCUAUAUACCGACGAUGGCUCCUCCGCCGCUGAGCGGGAGAAGGAGAAGGGCAAGGAACGCGAGGCCGGGUCGAGCGACAAAGGAAACGUCGCGCUCGCAUCGUCCUCAUCAUCAUGA